CGAGUUAUCAGUAAGAAUUAUACCCCCGUGUUGUCCGCAUCCCCAGUAAACUGUUUAUGGAGAAUACUGACAGUUUGGUGACACAGUUCAUUGUUUAAUGAUUAUCCUGAGAGAUUAUCAUUUACACUAUAAUAUUGUGGCGGUACGCUAGGAGACGUGUUAUUAUAUCGUGACGUCAAACUCUCAGGUGUUUUGUUACGAAACGAGCAACGUGGCGCUUACAUUCAUGAAUAUGCUCAACAUAGUGGAAACUAUAACAAAGAUUAUAUCGAUAUGGCUGCUUGUUUGCACAGGUCCACUUAUAUUUGUCUUUGCAGAGGCUCCGUGCCACGUGCGGUCCUCGGCCAGAGACGCCCCAACCGCACUCACAGUCCAGACGGGCAGCAACUCCCUCACGCUGUGGGUGAGGGGCGUCGGGACCCACCUCCAGCAGGCUAGUGAUAUGGUGACGUUCCGCAUAAGUCCAAAUUACUGUAACGAGACGGUGACUAUGGUCAGAAUGAGCACCGCUCUCAGGAGGUGGAUCCCUCUUUGCAUAGCGGUGCAAUCAAAACCAGGGGAUUCUGUGAACGUCAGCUGUAGUGCAGACAUUGACUCAAUCUGGUCAACGUGUAAACUAUCCCCGUAUUCAUCAACCGACUCGUGUUCGUCUAAGUCACCCUGCCUGACCUCUGACCUGCCAGAAGGGUUCAACAUCUACCUGUUAACUUUCGGUGGUUCUCUCACCCUCCUGCUUCUCAUCCUCAUCUUUUCCCUCUACAUGUGCUUAGUGCACCUGUCCAACAAGCUAGUGCAAGGAGAUCACCGGGUGACCAUGUCAAUGUUCGAACCAUCAAGGGCCAUGUGUAGCGAGAGUGAGAGUGAACCACACUACGCCCAGCCAACUCCAGUCAACGGCCUUGACUCCACGCUAGAAAAGGGGGCAGAUGUGAAUGACACAGGCGAUAUAUAUGGCGAUACGGGCUUCUCACUGUCUACUUUAACGAGGCAAAAAUCAGCCCAUGACAGCGAGAACAGCUUGUACGAGGCAAACACCAAACCGCUAGAGUAUUAUCAGUGAUGGGUAAUAAGGUAAUGUGGUGCGGACACAUGGGUAUCAUUUUAGUGUAAUCUGUGUAAAGAGUAUGUAAUUACUUGUUUGUUGAAUAUUUGGUGAUAUAUAUAUUAAGUUUUAAAUUAUAUGUUGCUGAGUUGUGGUUUGAUAUAUGUGUGUACUAAGGAAAAUAUAUUGUUCGUGAACCAAAAAGAUGUUUAUAUACACAACAAGAAAACAAAGAGAAUGGAGACGGGAGUAGAAAAAAUACAUGAAAUAUUUUCCCUUUUGCAAAAUUUGACACAGCUACCUCUAACCUGACGUUGAAACCACAAUUAUGUAUUGUUGCGACAAAUAAAAAAUCCUCAGUGUAAA